AUGGCCACCACACCGCCAGCAGCCGCAGCCACAGCCGCGGCGGCCCCCUCGGCCACCUCCGCCUCGACCUUUGACCGCGCAUCCAUUGCCGCCUCGUCCACCCUGGCCCCCUCUAUCGCAUCCAGCGCCACCACCAUCUCGGCGGCCACCCUGGUCAACCAGCCCGCAUCCGUCACCUCGUCCAACGAGGCGCUCCGCGACCAGCUACACAAGCGCCUCCACAGCUUCACCUACCUCAAACGCACCCUCGACGGAAACCAGGCCUGGUUCGACACCGUCACCAUGUCGCGCCACGACAUCGCCGCCGCCUUCCAACACGAUCGCAUGAGGAAGCGCACCAUCCGAUUCACCCUCCUCGGACUCAGCCUCGCCUCCAUCCUCGAACUCAACACCCCCGCAGACAUGGCGCGCGCCAUCAUCAACCUCGUAAACGAGCUAGACACCUACCCGGACGACGCCAUCGCAAACCUCGUCGGCAGAGGCGGCGCAGCCACCGCCUACGGCACCGCAAAGCCAAAGAUGAAAAACUUCUUCAAGUCGUCCUCAAAGACCCUAAAGCGCUCCGCCGCCAACCAGGCCAUCGCCGAUUUCAGCUCCCUCGAAGGCUCCUCGGGCUCCGCCGGCAUGGGCGCAGGCCUAUCCAUGUCCAUGGGACCAGUCGCAGCCGGGAGCUCCAUCGCAGGUGACAGGGACUACUCGUACCUCGUCGCGCCGAAUAUCCCCUUCCAGCUCGACUUCUUCCAGACGUUUUUCACGCUCUGCGACAUCCUCAGCGAAAUCUACCACAAGCUCAUCUCUCUCACGUCGAGCCCGGUUUCGGGGGGCGUGGCCGCCGUCGGCCUGCCCCAGCACUUCCAAGGCGCAGACGCCAGCUUCGGCUCCAUGUCGGGCGCCGCGUCGAGCAUCAGCAGCGUCGGUGGCGCCACGAUGCUCUCGUCGCCGCCCUUUGGUCCUACGGGCACCGACCGCGACCGCAGCGCCAGCAUCAGCACCGCCGACGGCCCGGCCUGGAACGGCUUCAAUCUCAGCCCGCCGCCCAACGACGCUAGCAGCGGCGCCGACAAGCCCGUGCAGCUCAACGCCGUGACCCAGGACCUGCUGAUCAAGGCCGACGCCAAGGUCAAGAAGGUGCUCCAGCAGACGGUCAAGGAGAUCGACACGCUGGCGCGCCAGCUGAUCAAGGACGAGCUCUCGUCGCUCGACCCGCUCAUGAAGGAGCUCGGGCUGCCUCCGAGCGCCAACUCGGCCUUCAUCCACCAUCCGGGCGGGUCCGGCCCCGCCUCGCCGCCCUACGCCGCGUCGAUGUCGUCGUCAUCGCACGGCGGCCUGCCAUCCGAGUACGGCUCGGUGUCGUCGCUGCCCUUCAGCCUGUCGCAGAGCCAGGCGGGUGGCGGUAGCGGCAGCGGCAGCGGGGCAGGGGGCGGCGGUGGUAGUGUCAUGGGUCCGACGCCGCCGAAGCCGUCGCGCAAGUUUAGCUCCGCCUCGCUGCACACGGGCAUGCAGGGCACCGUGGCGCAGCGCAAACAACUCUUUUCCAACCUCGGCGGGGGUGGUGGCGGUGGCGGUGGUGGGGUGGGCAACGGUAUACCAUCGGGCCACCACGCGGCAUUGAACACGAUCGCGGGGCAAGCAUCGGCAUCUAGCAGUUCAGCAUCGUGGCAAGUGGGCAUGGGGACGGUGGAAGAAGGUACCCAUUCGAUGCUGGCUGCGACUGGUGGGGGUGGGGGGUUGAGUGCGGGAUUGGGCGGAAUCAUGCGACGAAAGAGCAAAGGCACCCAACAGCAGCAACAACACCAACAGCACGGGCAGGGGCAGGGGCAGGGGCAGGGGCAGGAAGAAGGUAUUGAAUCCACCGCUCCACCACCUCCUCCUCCUGCGCAGCAGCAGCAGGGAUCGACGACGGGGAGGAGAGCAGCGACACCUUCUUCCUUUUCUUCCCUCUCUGCGGCCGGUGCGGGUGGUGGGGGAAGGGUAUCGAUGGAUAGAUCAACAGCAUUCACCCACCCGACACCUGCACCUUCGACGUCGUUGGCGGAAUGA